AUGUAACCUUUCUUUAUUCUUAAAAAAUAAGAAGUUAUGAGAGAAAUUGAAUUAGAAUUUAAAGAUUUUUUAAUUUCUAAGUGCAAGAUACACUCUACAAUUUAGAAGGAUGUUUACAAACUACUAAAAAAUUAGAGGUCAGCUUAGAAGUACUCAUAAAUAAAAAAGUAUUAAAAAUUGUUCAUAUGUGUGGAUUUUAUGUCAAAAUAUUUUUAUUUAUAUGUCCUAAUCAUGAAUUUCAUGCAGAUUUGA